AUGUACCUGGCGCUAGGUUGCAGAGCUCCCAACUCUUGCUCUCAGUCGUCACAUCACGAGAGUUCUAGAGCCUCGGAUAAUGAAGAGAGCGAUCCUGCUACCGAAACGGUCGACAAGGGGAAGGGCGUUGAGGAGACAACCCAGGAAGCGGUAGCAGAGGAAGGCGAAGAAAGCGCUCACACCGAGGCUAGCGACCACGAGGAAGAGAUCGAGCCCAAGAACGAUGUAGACACGGAAGGGGACGAGGAUGAGGAGGAGGAUGAAGAGGAUGACGAAGACGAAGAGCCGACGCUAAAAUAUGCUCGAUUGACACAACACCUACGGACUGUGUAUCGCAAUGGUGAUGCGACAAGCUCGUUCUUGGUCGCUGGAGACAAGAUGAUUGUCGCUACACACAACGGCAACAUAAAUGUGAUCCAGCUACCACUUUUCCAAAAUCUCCGAGUCUACCAUGCUCACUCAGCAUCCGUCACGAGCAUCUCCAUCUCCCCGUUUCCCCCUCCGCUACCUUCUGCCGUUCCCGAAGGUCCCUUCGCUUUACGUGGCCGAGAAUCACCCAGGCCCGAAUCCCGAUCAGUUGAAGCAAGUGCAGGGCCAGCCGCUUCUAGGCGGGCCCGCGAAGCGCAAGCAAUACCAAAUACCCCGUCGAAUAACAUCUAUAUCGCGACAUCUUCCACCGACGGCAAUGUCUGCAUCCAGUCCCUGGUCGAUCUAAAGGACGUGCAGCUACGAAGCUUUGCCCGCCCCGUUCAGGCUGUAGCGCUCUCUCCCGAGUAUAAGAACGAUAGGACCUAUCUCUCUGGUGGACUUGCGGGCAAUCUCAUUCUAACCGUCGGCGGCCAGCCGGGAGGAGUCAUGGGCAUUGGUACAAAUACCGGCAAAGACACGAUACUUCACUCUGGUGAGGGCACCAUCAAUACAAUCAAGUGGUCGCUGUCCGGAAAAUACGUCGCGUGGCUCAACGAGCAUGGCAUCAAAAUUAUGCGGACCAAGCUGAAGCUGGAAGCCGGUGAUCAUGACGAUGCAUGGAAGCGCAUCGGCCACGUUGAUCGACCCCAGACAGACGAAUGGGAGACUAUGGCCAGUGUGUGGAAGGGCCGCGCCGAGUGGAUCGAUGAGCAGGCUCUCGAGUCCGAUGAGUCGGAGCGAAGCCUCCAAGACCUCUCAGCAUCGCCCGCGGCUGACCUGCUUCGGCGUCAGGCAAAAGCGGGCACCAAGUCUAUCGAGAGGCUUGUAGUCGGAUGGGGCGGGACGAUCUGGAUCAUCCAUGUUCAUCCUGGCGGCGUUGGCGUUGGUCCAGACGCAGGGGAGAGGAGCGUCGGGAGAGCCGAAAUCGCAAAAAUUCUCCGCAUGGAUUGUAUCAUCUCAGGCAUUUCCCUGUACACGCAAAACCUGUUACUUGUGUUGGCGUACUGCCAUCCCGAUGACGAGGAUGAAGAAGAGGAAGGCGAUGAGGAUUUGCCCAAAACGCCGGAAAAGGGCCACAGGUCCCAGCCCUCCACAUCGACCGUGAGCAGCGAACCUCGAGGAGGAAUCCGUCGUCGGCAGAAUAAUUUACCACCCGAGUUGCGCUUGAUCGACCUCACAUCACAAGCCGAAGUCGAUAAAGACGGGCUAAGUGUAAGUCGCUAUGAGCGAUUGUCGUCGGGAGACUACCACCUUGGCAUUCUUCCCGCGCAAAAUGCCGCCUCCGCCGUCGUUUCUCAACGGGGCGCUCUAAGCGCGAUUACGGGGAUCGGAAGUGAGAUGUGGAACGCUGCCAUCAACCCUCGGGCUCUGUUCAGCUCCGGCGCGAGCGUGAUUAGCAGAGGAAGUGGGGAUGAGGUUGCCUCUAGCCUUAAGGGGGCAGGUGUUGGCCUCCCAGCCGCCACCGUCCACCCCAAUCUGAUCAAACCGGGAGCCAAGAUCUUCAUUCACAGCCCCUACGACUGUAUCUUGGCAACAAAGCGAGAUCUAGGUGACCAUCUAAACUGGCUCCUCGAACACAAGCAGUUUAAGCGGGGUUGGGAACUCCUCGAUGAGCACCCAGAGAUCCUCACCGUUACGCUCGAGAGGACCACUGAGGGUUCUGGUACGCCAAAUCGAGGGGGCGAGGCGGAGGAUGUCCGGGACGAUGCUUCCUCCGUCACCGAACUUCCGGGCUACAGCAUAUUCUCCUCGGCCGCCAAAGAGAAGCGGCGGAUUGGUGAGCUUUGGGUCCAGGAACUCGUCGAGGCGGGAGACUGGACAACGGCUGGCCAGGUGUGUGGCAAGGUCCUAAACACGCCCGAUCGGUGGGAGAAGUGGGUGUGGACUUUUGCCGGCGCAAAGAAGUUUGACGAAAUUGUCAACUAUAUCCCGACGCAGCCGAUGACACCGCCGGCGCCCAAAACCAUCUACGAAGUCGUUCUCGGACACUACAUCCAGACGGAUAAGCUCCGGUUCCGAGAUCUGCUCGAAAGAUGGCCGACUGAGCUUUUCGACGUGAACGCCAUCACAACAACGUUGGAGAAUCAACUUACCUACCGCGAUGUCAGGGAGGACAGCAUCGAGGGCGGCGAAAAGGGCCGUGACUGGCGAAUAGUCAUUGAAGGCUUGGCCAAGCUACACGAAGCGAGUGGGCGGUACCGAGAGGCGCUCAAAUGCUAUAUUCGGUUGCAAGAUGCGGACCCUGCGUUCAGGUUGAUACGAGACUUCCAUCUAGCCGACGCCGUCGCCGACGACAUCCCGAAAUUCAUCGGUCUUCGUGUGCCGGCCGACCGCGUAGACUCGAUGGGGGCGGGCGAUUUCGAGGCCGCGACGUCAGAAGCCAUCUCACUGCUAGUGGAUGAAGCGCAGCAUGGCCUGGUCAAACCCCGAGACGUGGUUUCGCAGCUCGAGAAACAAAAGCUCGACCUGUACUUGUUCUUUUACCUUCGUGGUCUUUGGAAAGGCGAGGGCUACCAGGAGCACGGUACGGAGAGCCGUGACAGGCUCUUGGUGGAGACGAAAUCGCUCGUCGACGAGUUUGGCGAUCUUACGGUGCGGUUAUUUGCCAUGUACAACCGCACUCUCCUCAUGGAAUUCCUCCGGACGUCGGAAUCAUAUGCGUUUGAAAAGGCUGUUCACGAGUGUGAACAAUACAAGUACGAUGAUGAGCUCGUCUACCUCUAUUCAAAGACGGGCCAGAUGCGGCGAGCUCUCUUCCUGAUUAUCGACCGACUUCACAACGUCAAGAAGGCGAUUGAUUUUGCCAAGGAGCAGGAUGAUCCCGAUUUAUGGGAGGAUCUCCUCACGUACAGCAUGGACAAGCCAAGCUUCAUUCGGGGGCUUCUGGAGCAGGUUGGCACCGCGAUCAACCCCAUCACACUCGUUCGACGUAUCCCUGAGGGAUUAGAGAUUGAAGGAUUGCGGGAGGGUAUCCGGCACAUCAUGAAAGAGCACGAGAUCCAGUACUCCAUCAGCAAAGGUGUUGCGCAGGUUCUCAAAAGCGAGGACGCGAGUGAGGACGUCGGGUCCCACAAGCUUGACAUCUCCAAGCCCGCGCCACCCGGUCAUUGCUCAGGAUGCCACGAGGCCUUUACAGAGUUUGAAGUCGAGUCUCUGGUUGGAUUCGCCUGUGGACAUGUUUUCCACCUCUCGCACCUCCUGGAGCUGAUACGGCCGGGGGCACCAGUGGAAGCCCCUUUUAGCGUUGACGAGGAAGACCGUGGAUCGAGGCAUCUUGUGGGGAUGAAGGUGACGCACGCGCGGCUUCUCAAGGACAAGAUGCGCGACGGUUGCCCAAUCUGCGCAAAUAAGGAGGAGUAA